AUGUCGGAUCAAAACCCUAACGUGACUGAGCCCCCUUCGGUCGCUCAGCUCCUAGACAGAGCUCAAAUCAUUGUCGAACACGUCGAGGCAAGUGAUUUGCCAGCUCCUGUCAAAGAGAUUAUUACGGCUUUUGCCAGAAAAUUACCCGCGUAUAUUAAAGAGUGGCAGACGGUUACGACGACGAGUAUAUUGGCGGCCAGAUUACCUGAACUCCAAAUCCGAGAGUGGAUUUUGGAAAUCAAUGCCCAGAUUGAGCCUCCCGCAAAUGAUGUCCCCCAAACGGCCUCUAUGACCGACACAAAAUCGACUCUCGACAUAGCUGGCGAGGUGCGAGAGUUUACUGCCGCGAUCGCUCGGUUUCUAGCCUUUCCUCAAUAUGUUGCAAAAUGUUUCUACUGCGACGAGAGUGCGUCUAGGACAUCAUUAACUGCUCUCGCGGCAUAUAUGUACGUCUGA